AUGUUCUGUCUUUCAGACAAUACCAUCCAGUCCAUUUUCUGUUGCUGUUGCUCGGUUCAGAAGAGACAAGUGAGAACACAAAUGAACCUGAACAAUGAUGGAAAUUCAAGUGAAGAGUAUACUUGGUGCCCAAAGCAGCCCUCUUAUGCAUCUCCUCAUAAGAACCAAUCCAACAGCGGGCAUGUUCAGCCAUCCAAAAAAAAGCCAUUGCCACCCCUCCCACAAGGGGAAAGUCAUGGGGAGAAGAUCCGAGUUGUGGCUCUCUAUGACUUCCUUCCCAGAGAAUCCUGUAAUUUAGCAUUAAAGAGAGCAGAAGAAUACCUGGUACUAGAGAAAUACAAUCCUCACUGGUGGAAGGCAAGAGACCGAACUGGGAAAGAAGGAUUAAUCCCUAGCAACUAUGUGACAGAAUACAAGCUAACCAAUUUGGAAAUAUAUGAGUGGUAUCAUAAAAACGUCACUAGAAAUCAGGCAGAAGAUCUUUUGCAACAAGAGGUAAUCAAAGAAGGUGCAUUUAUUGUCAGAGUCAGACGUUUGGGAGCUUACACCAUCUCUGUGUAUUCAAGAGUUAGAAGGAGUGAUAAGAUACCCAUCAAGCAUUAUCAGAUUAAAAACCAUGACUCAGGGCAGUGCUAUGUGAGUGAAAGACACCUUUUCCCAUCAAUACCAGAACUGAUUCGGUAUCAUCAGCACAAUGCAGCAGGGCUCAUAACCCGUCUCCGGUAUCCAGUUGGCCCCAUGGGAAACUGCUUGCCAGCAACGGCUGGUUUUAGCUAUGAGAAAUGGGAGAUUGAUCAAUCUGAGUUGACUUUUAUAAAGGAAAUUGGAAAAGGCCAGUUUGGUGUAGUCCAUUUAGCUAAAUGGAAAUCACAUAUCCUAGUUGCUAUUAAGGCCAUCAAUGAAGGAGCUAUGUCAGAAGAUGACUUCAUUGAGGAGGCUAAAGUGAUGACGAAAUUAUCUCAUUCAAGACUGGUACAACUUUAUGGAGUAUGCAUCCAACAGAAGCCACUCUACAUUGUAACAGAGUUUAUGGAAAAUGGCUCUCUGCUUAAUUAUCUCAGACAGAGACAAGGAAGACUUAGGAGAGGGAUGCUACUGAGCAUGUGCCAGGAUGUAUGUGAAGGGAUGGAGUACCUAGAGAGGAGUAGCUUCAUUCACCGGGAUUUAGCUGCCAGAAAUUGUUUGGUCAGCGCUACGUGCAUAGUAAAGAUUUCAGACUUUGGAAUGGCAAGGUAUGUCUUAGAUGAUGAAUAUAUCAGCUCUUCAGGUACCAAGUUCCCAGUUAAGUGGUCAGCCCCUGAAGUCUUUCACUUCAACAAAUACUCAGGCAAAUCUGAUGUCUGGUCAUUUGGAAUUUUGAUGUGGGAAGUUUUUACUGAGGGCAAGAUGCCUUUCGCCAAGGAAUCCAAUUUACAAGUUGUCGAAGCUAUUUCCAAAGGGUUCAGGCUGUAUCGUCCACACUUGGCUCCAAUGACUGUGUAUGAAGUCAUGUACAGCUGUUGGCAUGAGAAACCUGAAGGCCGCCCCACUUUUGCUGAAUUGACUCAGGCACUCACAGAUAUAGCAGAGACUGGGUGACCUGAGAUGGAACAUCAAAGACCCUGAGACCAGUGUCCUCCUUGUCCAACUUUCAGGAAAGGAAAUUCCUUUUUUUGUUAUUGAUAAUGAUCUUCUUUAGAAAG